AUGUAUAGAUCUGUAAGCUGGAACAGAUUCUCUGAGGAUUAUUUCCAACAUGCAGCAAGCAGUAGUUCUUCAUCACUCUCUUCAGCACAUAGAUUAUCUAGUAAUAAUUUGCCUACAUAUGAUCCUAUUGUAGAGUUGGCUAAGAGGGAGAAAGCACGUGUUAAAUUCUCUGAGAAUGCAGUGCAUGCUAUCCCUUUUGUUUUGCUUCUUUGUGCUGUCAUUCUUUGGAUCUGUUCAAGUCCAGAUGUGGGAUCUCUAGGAGAUUCUGUGGGUUCAAGAUUAAUUGAAGGAUUAAGCCUUGAUGGAGAAAUUGAAGGCGACAGCGAUGGUACACAAGCAGGCUUCUUACCUAUUAUGAGCUCACAAGAAGAAAUAACCACACAAGAAUUUAGAGCUGAAAAAGAUUUGAUGAAUUUAAAGAACUUUUAG